GUGGCGCUGCCAUGGCUGAGCGGCAUGUUCUGCAGCUUUAGCGAUGAGGAGGAGCUGACUGGGCACCUGGCACAGGCCUGAGGGGCAGCCAAGAAAGCUGGCCUCCUCAUGGCCCUGGCCAGGCUCUGCUUCCUCCUUGGGCGGCUGUGCUGCAGGAGGCUCAAGCUGUCCCAGGCCUGGGUGUACUUUGAGGAAACACUGGGGACCCUGGACAGCAGCUUCGGGGACCUGUUCCAGGUGGUGGCUGUGUACGCCAACCUGACCAGCAUUUACCAGAAGCAGAACCAGGAGAACUUUACACACGUGGUUCCCAAAGCCAUGGCCCUGCUCCUGGGGACGCCCAGCCACAUCUGCAGCACCGAGGCGGAUGGGGAGCUCCUGCAGCUGGCGCUGCAGUGGGCGGUGGGUGGCCAGAGCCUGCAGGCCAAGGCCCGGGCCUGCUUCCUGCUGGCCAGGCACGACGUGCACCUCAAGCAGCCCGAGGAGGCCCUGUCCUUCCUAGAGCGGCUGUUGCUUUUGCACAGGGACUCGGGAGCCCCAGACGCUACGUGGCUCUCAGACUGCUCCCUGCUCCUGGCUGACAUCCACAGCCGCAAGUGCCUGCCCGACCUGGUGCUGAGCUGUGUCAAGGUGGCCUCAUUGAGGAUACAGGACUCGCUGGGUGGCUCGCUGAGGAGCGUGAACCUGGUGCUCCAGAAUGCCCUCCCCCACAGCCUCCCCACCCAGACUUCCCACUACCUCAGGCGAGUGCUGGCCUCCCUAACCCCGGGCACAGGCCAGGCUCUCCGUGGCCUUCUCCACGACAGCCUGGCCCAGCCGUACAGCCACCAUGGCUACCAUGGCCCAGCCAUCACCUUCAUGAUGCAGGUGGUGGAAGCCAGUGCUAUAGCCAGAGUCUGUGCCAUCGUGGACACCCUGGUGGCCCUGGCCUGGCUGCACGUGCUUCAUGGGCAGAGCCUGGUGGCCUUGAACAUCCUGCAGUCUGUCCAGGAUGCAGUGGUGGCCAGCGAGCACCGGGAAGGUGUGAUUGCCAACAUGGUGGUCGUGGCUCUGAAGAGGACGGGCCGGACGAGGCAGGCAGCCGAGGGCUACUACUGCGCACUAUGGGUGGUUUGGGUCCUGGGCCAGCAGAGGAACCAGGCAGUGGUGCUGGCCAACUUCGGGACCCUGUGCCUGCACGCGGGUGCCAGCAGGCUGGCCCAGCACUACCUUCUGGAGGCCAUGCGUCUGUUCUCGAGGCUUCCCUGUUUGGAGUGUGGCUGGGACUUCACCCACAUACUCCUGCAGCUGGGUCACCUCUGCACCCGCCAGAGCCCGGCCCAGCAGUGCAAGGGCUACUGUGAGUGGGCCCUUCUGGUGGCCGUGGAGAUGGACCACGUGGACACCCUGCGCACCUGUCAUCCCACUUCACAGAGGACACAGGGGCGGGUGAUUGCCCAAAGCCACAGAGCAGUUCAUGCAAAAGCAGCUCGUGCAGAGUGUGCGAGGCCCCACCCACAAAUGGAGCUUGUGGGGUCCUCGGGAAGCAGGUGCUGAGCGCGGGAACGUGAACUUCAGGCCAGAGAAGCCACAAAAGGGUGAGUGGCGCGAUGGCGGGGCAGCACUUGGCCCCGGGUUAGGGAAGCCUCUUUAGUCUGGGACCAGAGGGUUGAGAGGAUUUAGUCAAGUAAUAGGUGUGGAUGAGGGGCUGGUGGUGGGGGA